AUAUGAAAUUUAAAGGGCAAGCGUAAUCGAUCAUCUUUUUUGUCUGAACUUGAAGAAACAGCCUACAUAAACGACUCGUAUUUCUGAUUUUUAAAGAGCUCAUAACAUCAUUCAACAUGAACAGACUAUUUGGAAAAGGAAAACCGAAGGAACCUCCCCCUAAUCUCACAGACUGCAUAUCAAAUGUGGACAGUAGGUCAGGAUCCAUAGAGAAGAAGAUAUCAAUGUUAGAUGCAGAACUCAAGAAAUACAAAGAUCAGAUGAAACGUAUGAGGGAUGGACCAGCAAAGAAUACAGUCAAGCAAAAGGCCCUUAGGGUUUUAAAGCAGAGGAAAAUGUAUGAGUCUCAAUUGGACAACCUGAGGCAGCAGUCAUUUAACAUGGAACAGGCAAAUUACGCAACCCAGACUCUGAAAGACACAAAGGCUACUGUGGAUGCCAUGAAGACAGGAGUGAAAACAAUGAAGAAGGAGUUCAAGAAGGUUGAUAUCGAUGAAAUUGAGGAUCUGCAAGAUGACAUGGAAGAUAUGUUAGAACAGGCCAAUGAGGUACAAGAAUCACUCUCAAGGAGUUACGCAACACCUGAUGUAGAUGAAGAUGAUUUAGAAGCUGAACUUGAAGCUCUUGGUGACGAUAUGCUGAUGGACGACGAUACAUCUUACCUGGAUGAAGCCGCAAGUGCACCCGCUGCACCUGAUUCCUUGCCUGGUGCAGAAUCAACAAAGGAUGGUGUUUUGGUGGAUGAGUUUGGUCUACCACAAAUUGCCGCAACAUGAGAACAUGCACCUAAACUUCUUUAAAUUCCUAUUUUCUUAUAACUCAGUUAAUAAUCAUAUAAAUAGUUGUUUGCUAUAUAUAUAUAUAUCAUUGUAAAAUAUUGUGCUGAGUAAUGUAUGUUCUUGCUUUGUAGAUUGUAGAACUGAAAGUGAAUAUCAACUGAUGUACUUUCAAUGUCCUUGUUGUUACAUGAUAAUUCUUCACUGACAAAAAUAUAAUGUGGACACCAGUGGAGCAUUUCAUCAACAUUUUCAUCCGACAAGUUGUCAGAUCUGACAACCUAUCUUAAUUCUGAUUGGCUUAGAAGCACUGUUGCUAUGGUAACUGUCAGAUAAAACAGGACUUGUCGGAUCAAAUCCUUUCAUGAAACGCUCCCCGGGAAGACUAGGGAAGACUAAUUGGUGUAAGAUGUGACAAUAUCAGUAUGAAUUUAUUACAUAUGUCAAUUGUUGAAUGUCUCCCCAAUAAUUGACUUUAACACGUAACACUGCAACAAGUGAAAUUCUCUUUUACCAACAAAAAAGACAGGAUACAUGUAAUAACAACUCUUCUCCAUGCUGGACCCCCCCCCCCCUCAUUUUUUUUUAGGACUGCUGGAUCAUGUGUAUAUAAAAGCUUAUUCGAUGUCACAGAUUCAAAAGGUUUGAAAAAUGAAAUGCUUUCCUUUCUCUAUUUUUUUGCAUCGGCAUUUAUACGAGUAAAAAUUUAGAUAGUGCACUUAUAUAAGUUAUAUUGGAAUUACAGACUAGCUUGGAUAUUCCAUUCCAAUGCUGUUUCAAUAGUGAUUUUGUACUGAAUCCUCCAAAUUUGUACCUUUAAAAUGCCCUUUAUGUAGAAAACUGAUUUCUACAAUUUAUUUUAGCAGAUAGAAAACUUGAACAAGCAUUGCAUUCUCAUCUAUUAUUAGGUAUUUAUAUAACCCUUUUUCAUAGUCUCUAUUUAUAGUAUGUUCAGCAAUAUAAAGUAACAUUUUCAAUUGCAUAAGCAUUUCAUGAGAUGAUGUUGUAAUUGUAAUUUUGUACAUGACGUUUUAUGAAUAUACUUUUUGUUAAUGCAACUGUCUUGUGUAGUGGAGGUAUUUUGCAUGCAUGUAUAUGCGGUCAGAAGCCAGUAUGUAGUACAAAUCCUUGAUACUGUGGUUGUAAAUUUUCAUGAAAUAUGAUAUGAUCUGUCAUAUUCAUUUGCUGGUAGCUUAUUGAUAUUUCAAGAAUUUAAAAUACCUGAUGUUUAAUCUGAUCACGGAUUACCUUUAUUACGGGGGGGGGGGGGGGGGGGGGGCGGGGGGGGGGGUGCUGGCUCUAUUCAAAUUUUGUAAUUUUAAGUUUAUUAUGAAGGAAAACACAUUUUUAAAUAGAUGGGUCUGGAGUAUACUACAUAUAUCAUACAUUACUAGUAAUUGCAUUUCAGGGCCCUGUCUUACAAACAGUUGUGAUUGCUCCAAUCAAUAUUAACUAUGGAAAGCAACCAACACUGUAAUUGAGAACACAUGUAUGUCCAUCCAAAGUGUUCACACCUGUAUGGCGAACACUAGUGCAUGUAUCAUUGUUCAAAUCAAACCAUCUCGUAUGUGUUUUUCAUUUACAAAGGGCCAUUGCAGAUGCCUCCAAAGUUGAAUAGUAACAUUUCUGGUCAUGAUUGGAUCAAUAGCAAUUCUUUGCAAGGAGUUAUUUUCUUUAAAAGGCUCGUCAUGAUUUUUUUUAUCCCUUGCUCCAACAGCUAGGCGUGAAUCCUGCCAGAUUAGACACAAUGGCCCAAAUUCACAAAGGUGGUUUUUUAAACCAUCGGUUGAACCCAUGGUUUAUGCAGAUUUCCUGUAUAAAUUACGCUUAUUUACCGCGUAUAUUAAAAAAGUCCAAUGCUGAUGCGCGCUUUUGUCACAAUGUGCGAAAUUGACGCCUGUUGCCGUGGUUAAGUACGAUAUUGUAUUCAUGAAUCCACUGUUUGAAGAGUGUUCAUGAGUCCACUGUUUGAAGAGUGGACUCAUUAAUUCCUAACAGUGGACUCAUGAAUGAAAUAGCAUGGAUAACCACGGCAACAGGCAUCAAUUUUGCGUACUGUGACAAAAAAGCGCAUCAGUAUCAGACAUUUUUUAAUAGACGCGAUAAUAAGCGUAAUUCAUACAGGAAAUCUGCAUAAACCAUGGGUUCAACCGAUGGUUUUAAAAACCCCCUUUGUAGAUUCGGGCCUAUAGUUUUGAGAGGCCCACAAUUCUGCAAAAACAAUAUGGCCCCUGAAAUGGCAUUGUGGUCAAUCUGGCUAGAUCAGCCAUGCCACUGGAAUCUAAUUUCCCACCUAAAGUAAUCCAUAUAAUGAAGAGUCUUAGUAUUUCUGAUCAAAACUAAUCUGAAAAUAUUCUAUUGAUUUGUACUAUGGAGUUUAUUUAUAGCUUGUAUGAUAGCCUUUACUUUAUGAAAUAUUAUACAUGCAGUGUACAAUUUGAAACAGACUUUAAGUGUAAUAAAUAAAGAUAAAAUAUCCAACAA